CAUUUAUCUAAAUACGCGAAUCGGCGACAAACAAAUGACGCAAUAGCUUCACUUCCGGGACCAAAACAAGACGUUUCCAGUUUGACGUGGCCUUUGCGGAGUGUGGCUCGGAAAAGAAAGUGUGCACAAACUUCCCAGGCAAUGCUGCUCGCCUGACAGGGCGCUACUCACCAUGUCAUCUUCUGAAGCAGAGGAGGAGGGGUUCGAGAGUGCAGGGGAGGAUGUUGAAGAGAAAACAAAACAAACACAAAAAACAUCACCCAAGAAACAAACAGACAAUAAAGAGAACGAUGAAACAGCCAGUAAGGAAACCACUGAGAAGUCACAGGCAGAAGGAGGAGUGAAGGCAGAAAAUGAGGAAAGUCAAAACAGCACUGAUGAGGCUGAACCCAAGAAGAAGGAGGAUGCUGAGCCUGAGAAAGAAGAGAAUGCUGAACCCAAAGAGGAGAAGGUGGAUGCUGUACCAAGCACUGAUGACAAGUCAACCAAAGACAGUGGAGAUACUGAACCUAAAGCAUCUGCCACAACCACUGAUGAGGAUUCAAAAGAUGAAGUAAGAAAAGAAGACGCAGAAGGAGAAGAAGACUCAGUUGAAGAACCGCCCAAGGAUGGAGAAGAUAUGGAAAGAAAACCCAUCCCGUUGAGGAAGAGACCGGGAAAAGAAGAGGAGGAGAAGGAAGAGAAAAUUCAUGCUGCCUUGGACAAACUGGCGGGAGAAGAGAAGCCAUCAGGCGGCUGGGGUUGGGGUGGUUGGGGGUCUUCUUUUGGAUCCUCUCUGAUGUCUACAGCCUCAGCUGUUGGGCAAAGUUUUGUAUCUGUUGUAGAGGAUGUGGAGUCAUCAAUAGGAUCAGGACUGACAAAUGUGGUCCAUGGAGUCGAGUCAUCUCUGGGAAUCCCUACUCCAGAGGAAAUGUCUAAAGAGGAGGCUGAGACUGCAAAAGAUGACAAGUCAAAGGAGGAUAAGGGACCAGAGGAGAAAGGAGAAUCAGAGAAAACAGAAGAGGCCAAGGAAGAGAAAGAGGGAGCAGGAGGAGAGGCCUCUCCUCAACAGGCAUCAGGAGGGGGGCUGUGGGGGGCCUUGGGUGUGUCCAUGGUGGCCAAUGUUGUGCAGAACACUACUAAGAAAGUGGUGAGUGGAACCUUAGAUUCGCUGGAGUAUGUCGGGAAGAAGACCAUGGAUGUGUUGGCUGAAGGUGACCCCGGGUACAAGAAGACCAAACACAUCAUAGAGGUGGCAGGACAGAAGUCACACCUGUCCCAGGUGUUGCGAGAAGCCAAGGAGGAGGCAGAGAAACGAGCAAAAGAAGCUGAAGAGGAGGAGGCCCACAGGAAGGCCAACUUUGGCAUCAUGUUUGAUGAGUUCCAAGGUUUGGCCCACCUGGAGGCCCUGGAGAUGCUGUCCAACCAGAGUGAAGGGAAGGUGCAGGCUGUGCUGUCUGCCCUGACAGGGGAGGAGCAGGAGGAGCUGAAGGCUGAGCUCAUCAGGGUGAAGGAGGCCUUCAAACUGGAGGAUGUGGUGGAGGAGGAGACAGAAGGACAAGAAGUGCAGGAGUUUGCCAAGACUGUCACUGAGCUUCUGUUUGAACUGCACAUUGGGAUGACUCCAGAUAAACUGAACAAGGCCCAGACUGAUGCUCUGGAGUACCUGACUCAAUGUGAGGAGGACCUGGAAGAAGAGGAGACUAAGGAUCCACAGGAUUUGCACACAGCAGCCAUCCAGAUGCUGGCUGAGCUGACUGCCAAGUCCAUCCACCAGUUUCUGAAGGCUGCUGAGCUCAUCCUGAUGCAGAAGGAUCCAGAGAAAACCCCACUGGAGAGGGCACAGACUCUCACCAAAUUGACGUCUGCCCUGUGUGAGGAGGUGUCAGUCCUGUCCAACAAGUACUGUGUGUGCCUCAACAAGGCAGCGAGUAAAACUGAGAAACCAGAUGACUUCAGUCACUUGAUAACCAAUGUGUACCUUGAGGCCUCCAACAGUGCCUCCUACAUCCAGGAUGCCUUCCAGUUGUUGCUGCCCAUCAUUCAGGAAUCCUGUAUUCAGACCAAGAACCUGGCACUGUCUGCAUUCCAGAAGCACCUAUAGCCUCAGCAAACGUUGUGUGUAAUGAUCCUGCCUUAUAAUAGACGACUGCAUCUAUUCUGUUCCUUGGUUGUCGGUAGCCUAUUUGGUGAUUAGCAAAGAAAAUGUUUGUUUUGGGUAUGGCCGCCAUUUCUGUACUUCCUGUUUUGAAACCUGAAUUUCUGAUCGUUUCCCAUGUUUGUUGCUGCCUAACCAUCAAAAGAUACAUACUGGUAGUAUGUACAAAAUGUACUUGGAAGUAAAUGAGUUUUAAGAGUUAUUUGAUAUUGAUAAUCAUAUGGAGCACUCUGCCUUAUUUCAUUCUGUUGAUCUCAAAUCUUCCUGACAAAUAGAUAAAAAGAAGUACAUGUGCAAGGAUUGGAAAUGUUGUGUCUUACUAAGUCGUGUCCCUUAAGAGGGAUGUUGUGUGCCUAGUGCCUAUUGUACAUAAAUUGUACUGUGUCAAUAUUAAAUGUACUGAGAUGGCAUAGUUGGAUUAAAGCAUUUUUCAGUCAUGUUAUUUAGUAAACAGAAACUUCAUGUAAGCAAGCUGAUGGGAUGAAGUUGUGUCAGUAUGGCAAAAGAAGUGUGGAAGUAAAAUGUAUGUUUAAUGGAAAAUAGGAAACAUUUGAUAGAGCUGUGGUGUAUCUUUGUUCAUUCAUGCCUUUGGCAAUCAACACUAGAGAGGGCUAAUGCUUACCAUACAUGGUUUAUUUACUGGUAAUUUGCUGUUGAUAUUUAAUUAUCAUAGUUAGUUAACUUAUUGAGUUAGCGAAGUCCCAAAAACAUUGGUUCCAAUGUUUCAAAGGUGUCACAGUUUGGAAUUUGUUCAAUAACAGAAUAUCCAAUAUUUUGUAGGUUUAGUAGUUGUUACUAACUUACUUGAAUGUUGAAUAACUAACCUGUUCAAUUUGUCUCAGUGGCAUAAACAUAAUGGGCAUUGCAAAAAUUAAAGACUGUCAUAUCAUAUCUCAUUAAUAAUUUUCGUUAGUGCAAAUGGGUUUUACUCAUUAGAUAACCCUUUGAAGAUCCUUUCUAUCCACAACUUAGCGCAAAACUAAGGGUAUAAAUCAGUUUCUUGGCAUUGUGACUUCCCCAACUAAUUGCUUUCAUGUACUCAUGUAUGGCUUUGCUGUGAAUUUGUCAAGGAAGAUACAAAUUUUUUUUUUCUGUGGACCUGUAGUUGCCUUAAGUGGAAACAAAAGCCUUA